GCCGCGCCCGCGCCGCGUUCGUCGGAGUGGAGACGGUCGGAGACGCCCGCGCGGCAUGCGGCGGAUCAGAGAGGCGAGAUGACGACUGGAAAGAAGGUGGGGCGGCGGAAAGACGACAUGGUAUGGAGACUGUGGACAACACUUCUAGUCGUCAUCUGUUCAGUUGACAUCUCAAAUGCGCAAUGUUUCGGCGGCACGCUGACCUUCGAGAAGACGGUGGGUCGCACGUUCCAGCCGUCGGGUGCCGAGAAGCGUGACCUGCUGGUCAACACCAACUCUCCCGUGCUGCGGGACUGCACGGCGAUCUGCAGCCAGGCCACCUACUGCAGCGGCUUCGUGCUCGACUAUGAGGAGGGCAGGUGCGUGUCGUACGACCUGGAGUCCGCCACUCGAGAGAGUGAUCUGAUCGACAAAGAAGGCACCAGCUACUACGAGGAGAUCUGUCUCCGUGGCGUGGCGGAGGAGUUCACCGAGAUGUGCGGUGACGACCGGCUCUGGGCGUUCGAGCGCGUGUUGGGCGCCAUGCUGGAUGGGUUCGACACGAAGGAGAUGCCCUCGGUCCAGAGUCGCGUCGACUGCGAGCGCGCCUGCCUCACGGAGAAGGAUUUCAACUGCAGGUCAGCCGACUACGACAGCGUGGAGCGAGUGUGUCGGCUCAGCAAGGAGGACCGGCGCACGCAGCCACAGGCCUUCCGCCGCGGCCGCAGCACCAUCGAAUAUCUGGAGAACCAGUGCGCCAGGCAGCUGCCCGACUGCCGGUACGACCCUCCCCAGCGGGGCGUGAUGGUGCUGACGCCGGACUCGUUGGACUUCGCCGAGUCGUCAGCCGCCUGCGAGGCCGCCUGCACCCGCGAGCGUCGCUUCGUCUGUCGCAUGUACACGUUUGACCGGGUCAAGAACCGCUGCUACCUGAGCGGGGACGACUUCGUCAGCCUGGGCCGAGUCGAGCUGCCGGCCAUGGAGGGCGCCGUCACCAGCCAGCGCGUCUGCACGCUUGAGUCAUGCGACGACGGUGUGCUGACGUAUGAGAAGGUCACCGGUCAUAUUCUGCGGGGCGCCAACCAGGAGCCGUUCCCGCUGCCGCCCUCAGCCGACCAGGGCAUCACCACCCCGUGCAGUGACCAGUGUGAUGAGACGGGCACCGAAUGUCCGGCGCUGGUGAUCGACUACUUCAGCCAGCGCUGCUACCGGCUGGACCGCAACACGCAAGGCCGGGUGCAGGACCUGCAGGCCAGGGAGGGCUUCAACUACUUCGAGAAAAUCUGCCUCAUGGGACCCGCCGCCACCAGCUGCCGCGGCCGAACCUGGGCAUUCGAGCGUGUGCCAGGCAUGCAGCUGAGAGACCACGACGACCGUGUGCUGAGGGCGGUACCUAACCGCAAGGACUGCCAGAACGCCUGCUUGGCUGACAACUGCAGGUCUGCCACCUUCGACGCAGAGACGCUGGAGUGCCGCCUGAGCAGGGCCAGCCGGCGCCAGUUCCCGGACGACUACGUGGAAGCCGGCCGAGGCGUCGAGUACCUAGAGAACCAGUGUCUGGGCGCGGACACGCGCUGCGACUACGUGCCGACCACGGACAAGUACCCGCGCUACAUCGACCUGACGAUCCCGCGCGUGGACCGCAUCACGGACUGCGAGCGGCUCUGCACGAACAACCGCCAGUUCGUGUGCCGCUCGUUCGCUCUGUACACCACGGCCGGACAGUGUCUGCUGAGCGGAGACGAUGAGAUCUCGGCCGGUGAGAAGGCCUAUCUGUCACGCGCCGGGACGGAUUUCUACCAGCGGGACUGCGUGGCGGGAGUGCAGCCGUUCCCCGAGCUUUCUCCGACCGGCAACGACACCAGCGCCGAGUGGAUUAAGCCCGCUCUUAGUCGCGACCAGAAUCGGAGUAAGCCGAUGGACGGGCGGAAACAGCCACAGAGCGGGAUCGACUGUGACCAGUACGAGCUCAUUACGGGCGUGGAGAUGCGACAAAUCCGGGGCUCAGAGCUCGUCUCGGACUUCGACAACCCCGGCAUCAUGGCCGAAUGCACCAGGGAGUGCACCCGGUCUCGGCGCUGCUCGGCCUUCAACCUGGAGCACCGCGGGCGGGACCGGCGGGCGCGCGAAGCCCGCUGUUCGGCCCUCGAGCUGCGCGAGAACAUCGAGGUUGACCCCCGCGACCUCACCGACACGCCCGGCGUCAGCUUCAUGCAGAAGAUCUGCCCCAGAAGUCGAGGGUGCGGCAAACUGUACACAUUUGAGCGACUGGUGAACGCCGAGCUGUCCGUGCGGGAGGACAGGCUAGUCCGUGACGUCACCAAGCUCGAGUGCCAGGACGAGUGUCUGCAGGAGACCAGAUUUGACUGCAGAUCCGUCACGUACGACUACAGAGAACGGCUGUGCCUGCUGAGUCGCGAGAACAGACAGAGCGCUCCCCCGAAGUUCCGAGAGUGCUCGUACCGGAACGAGAACCGCGACGUGUUCCUGGUGUACACGCACAAGGCGGUGUCCGAGUUCAGUGACUCGCGAUGCCGCGAGGCCUGCGACCGCGAGCGCGACUUCAACUGCGCCUCCUACUCCUUCCUCGCCACGGGCCGGGACCGGCAAGCCUCAUGCUUGCUGUCUGGGGUGCGUGCCAACGACCUGGAUCGCAGCGGGGUGCAGUUCCUGGAUGGCGCCCUGUACGCCGAGCGCAUCUGCCAAGACCGGGCGUCCGGAAGUGGCGGGAGGCCGGGCUCGGGUGGCCGCCCCGAUCCAGGCGGCAACGAGGUGGACACCGGCGGCCGCCGGUCGCCCGACAUCCAGCGCUGCCGCGUCACUCCCACCUACGAGAAGGUGCUCAACGUCGAGUACCGGCCGGCUCGCCGCUUCGAGAUCGAGGCACGCGGCCGCGGCCGCGGCGUCACCGUGCCCUGCCUGCUACAGUGCGAGCGGAAUCGUCGCUGCCUGGGCAUCAGUCUGGAGUACGGCGAGCAGGGCGAGCGCUGCUACGGCCUGGAGACCUCGGCCGGCCAAGAUGGCGGCACGCUCAGCGUCGCCGAUGGCAUGUCCUACUUCGAGAAAGUCUGCAUCGAAGAGCGCACCUGCGGCAAGGGCUGGACCUUCGAGCGCGUGCCGAACUACGUGAUCGAAGGUCACGACGAUCUGGUGAUCCCUCGCGUCAGGAACAAGGAGAUGUGCGAGACGCUCUGCCUGCAGAACAUUCGCAUGCCGUGCCGAUCGGCUGAGUACAAUUUCCGCGAGCAAACGUGCGCCCUGUCAACCCAGACCCGCCGCACCCAGCCCUCCGAGUUUGUGUACGACGCCGACGUCGAAUACCUGGAGAACCAGUGUGCACCCGACCCGCCCAACUGCGAGUACCGGGAUGUUGAGAGCCGGUUCCUGCCCUUCGUGGACCGCAUGAUCGCGCGGGUCGCCAACAAAGCCGAGUGUAUGCGCAGCUGUGACGUGGAGCUCGACUUCAAGUGCCGCAGCUACAACUACAACGACCGGCGGAGGGAGUGCACGCUCAGCAGUGACGACACGGGCAGUCUGGGCGAGCGGGCGCUCGUGGCCGACGUGGAGAGCGUGUUCAGCGAGCGGAGCGUCUGCCGCACCGUUCAGGUGGAGUGCAGCAAGAACGACAUGCAAGUCACCUUCAGCUUCGGGAGCCGUUUCGAAGGCCGAGUGUACGCCACGGGCAACGCGCAGGCCUGCUUCGACAUGGGCAACGGCCGACAGACUGUGCUGCUCUCCAUCCCGUUGGGCAGCCGCUGUGGCACCGUUGAGGAGGGUCGCGGCCGGUACGUGAACCACGUGGUGAUCCAGCAGCACCCGACCAUCAUGCAGGAGUCGGACAAGACCGUGCGGGUGGAGUGCACGUUCGACGCCAACGACCAGACGGUGACUCUCGCGCCCACCGGCAACCGCUUCACUGAAGGCGGCGGCGUCGACGUCAACGCGCCCUUUCGGCCCGUGGGUACUUCGGUGGUUACGAACACUGCGCCGACCCCUAGUGUUAGUCUCCGAAUCGUCGGACGCCAGGGUCGCGACACGAGCGAGGUCAGCCUGGGUGAGGAGCUGACCUUCAUGAUCGUCGCCGACCCGGGCAGCGCCUUCGGUAUCCUCGGCAAGGGCGUCGAGGCGCGCACCGACAACGGAGAGCUGCUCGCGCUCAUCGACGACCAGGGAUGUCCUCGGGAUGCGAGCAUCUUCCCGGCCCUGGAGAUCGACAGGGAGUCCAAGAACCUGAUGGCUAACUUCAAGGCGUUCCGCUUCCCCAGCACGGCGCGGGUCAACUUCUUCGCCACCGUGCAGUUCUGCCAGGACGAGUGUCCGCCGGCGCGCUGCCCCUCGGGCAACUCGUACGGCCGUCGCCGCCGCUCGCUGAACGAGACCGGAGCGGAGGACGUCGCGGAGAAACCCGCCAGCUCGGCCGCCACCGCUGAGGUACCCAUGGAUCUGACGAUUGCUGCUGCUCAAGUACCUAUCGAUCUGCCGAUCAGCCUCAACAACCGCGUCACGCUGAGGGCUCCGACCACCGUGCCGACCACCGUGCCGACCACCGUGCCGACCAGCGUUCCGACCAGCGCCGCUAGCCCCUCCACUAAGCAGACGACCGCAGAUCGCCCCGAGCCCAGCUCGUCCUCCACACCCAUCCCCGUGACGCCGCUGCCUGAGAUGGCAACCGCCUCUUCCUCCGAGAGGAGCGCGACGCCGGAGGACGGGCCGGAGUCGCCCACGGAGGACCCGCUGGAGGAGGACGAGGCGCCGGCGGCACCGCGGGUUGCCGCUGUCCUCUCCGGGAGUGGGCGACCUCCCCAGCCUUCCUCGGAGGAGGCGGUCGAGGCCGCGCCGCACCCUGCCAUGAUCGCCACGCCUGGUAGUCUGCUGCCUGUGGCUUUGCCGCUCACCACCUCCCUGCUGGUGGGACCGGAUAUCUCGUCUGAGAAGGUGCGGCUGAUGAUGGAGGAAGAAGAGGAGGCGGUGGAGCCGCAGAAGUACGACGUCGUGUUCGGGCACAACUGGCAGAGUCGUCAUGCCUAUCAGACAGAAGCCGUGCCCCGCCUUCCGCCGCCACAGGAUGCCAUCUGUACGCCGCGCUCGACAGUGGUGGCUGUGGCGAUCACGGUGGCGCUGGCCCAGCUGGGCCUCGUGCUGGGCGGGCUGGGCCUGUACCGGCUGAAGCGCAGCCGCUGGGCGGCCCAGCUCCGUCCGGUCAGCGCGCCGCCGCCGGCCGGGGACGUCAUCUACGCCAGUCCACAGGAGCUGGGCUACGGCCGCGGCUGCGGCGCGCACGAGCUGGGCCUGGGCCGCGGCUACAGUCGCUUCGGUCGCGCGCUGAAGCCUGAUUUUCCAGUGCCGCUGCCCCGCGCGAGCACCUGAGCGCCACUUACGGGGCUCGGAGGCGCGCGGAGCGACUGUUCAAACCAUUGGCACGUGCCUAGUCAGUAAAACAUGAGUGCAGUGUCGACUCCGGCGGCGAAAUCAAAUCAUCGGGACUGCGGUGGUCGCGCAUGCGCGCUCGAUCUACAGGUGAUCCUUGCGCAGUGCCGCUUUUCUAGGUUAGAUGCGUUCAUUUUGCGCGGUGUUCUGUGUCAUCCAGUGCAGUGGGCGCAGUGAGUUAACUGUGUGAACUGUUUCCUUGUGAUGAUGUGCAUUUGUCGUCAACGCUAAUGUUCCUACAAGAAUCCGUAAAGCGCCUAAAUCAGUGACUUGGUCUGCGCAGAGCAGAACUGAGCAAUGAUGCUGACUGAUAGGCGAUAAUUUAGCUACGGCCUGUAAUUACCCUCACCGAUUUGAGGCCAAAAUCUCCAAGAUCACGUCAUGGCUCAUGCGGUCUAAAAAAGAUGGCCGCUUACCAGCACGCAUAGUUUGAAGGAAACAUCAGUGUUACGGUAAAGGUUACGCCCCGCAUUCCCACCGCCACAGCAUUGCCUUGAGACUGGCGUCGCAUCCCUGACCUGACCUGGGGCCACGACUCGGGACAUCUCGCGUGCCCCAGGGGAACUGGGUCCACCGCCCCAGGUCAGGCCAGAACAGGCACACACAUCGUGGCGUUUACUCGGCGUUUCAUGCUGUGCAGCAGUUUUUGCGCGAUUUCCUCUGAAUCGAUCCCGCAAGUGUUUCGCGCCAGACCAAGAGAUACAUACAUACAUAUCAACAAACCCCGUGGCGCGUGACGAGACGCACCUGCGGCGGAUUCCGGUACCCGGCCCUAUUGCACUUGAAUCUCAUGAAGGGGUGACCUUUGCGCGCCGAACGCUCUUGCGAUGCAUUUGAAUGUUAGAAGAUCAUCUGCAAACUCGUGGCUUUAUGCUGGACCGGCGGGCCGCCACGCCGCCGAAAUUUAUGGCGCCUUGUCCGGGUGACGGCUGUAAAAAUUAUGAGAGCGGCAAUUGAUAACCGGCAUUGUCUCUCGUGUUGGAAUCGCUUUCACAACGCCCAAAUGUUCAAGGUAUGCGUCAUGUUGUGGUCAUCGGAUGAGUGGUUUGUUUUGUAUCUAGUUAAGUAGCUGAAGAGAUUCGGCAAAUUUUGUACCAUGCAUCAUGCCCGACAUUGGCUGCACGCCUGGCCCAGGCACCGGUACUGGCACAUUUUCUGCACGUGUGGCGGUGGUGUUGCGAGCGGCUAUCUCCAAUAUUCUGAAUGCCUCGCACAGUUCGUAAAUAAAACAUUUAGAAGUACUUCGAGCUACGAUUCCUCGAG